AUGGAAGGGAGUAACGGAAAAACCGAGUGGCUAGAGGAGCGUUACGGCUACAGUAAAGUUACAGUUCUGCUCAUUGUUCAUGCAUGUGAUGGAUACGUUCGGAUGUCAGUGUUCAGAAAUGGAAAGCUGUUAAAACGAAGCGAACCAUUCUCUGGAUUUAGAAGCACAGCUAACAAAAGUGCUUGCAGAUUCCUGGUAGUAAACGUGCACUCUGGCCAGCUUCGAUUCCAAAUUGCCAAUGACGAUGCCAAGGCUAAAAAUGUCCAUCUAUGGGCAAGCACACAAUCCGAGAAGUCGCCAUAUCCAAAAUUGCCCGAGGAUACGAGCGUGAAGGCAGUUCGUCGUACUUGUUCCACGGCAACAUUGCAAUGGCUGCGGUCUGCUGAUGAACAUGCUCGAUACUGCAUUUAUAUGCGUCAGGAAAAGGCUAAUUAUUUGGAGGAGCUGGUUAGUAAGGUGAGUCAUGAAGUUUUUCAAAGUUAUUUUGAAAAGUGAGC